GACACCCGCCGACUUUGGAUGGCUGGUGGCUAUCAACCUUGGGACCCGAGAUACUUGUGGAAUGAUGUUUGGUACUUCGACACAGAGGACUCUGUCUUCAGCUGGACGCAGGUUCACGAUGGAUCAGGCACAGCACCAUCUGACCGUGGCCAAGCAGCAG